AUGGUUGUUUAUUCUCUUUCUGACUUUGUCUAUCCCGUGCUCUCUCCUGCACUCUCUCCCCUGAUUUCCCCUGUGCUCUCUCCUGUGCUCUCUCCUGUGCUCUCUCCUGUGCUCUCUCCUGUGCUCUCUCCUGUGCUCUCUCCUGUGCUCUCUCCUGUGCUCUCUCCUGUGCUCUCUCCUGUGCUCUCUCCUGUGCUCUCUCCUGUGCUCUCUCCUGUGCUCUCUCCUGUGCUCUCUCCUGUGCUCUCUCCUGUGCUCUCUCCUGUGCUCUCUCCUGUGCUCUCUCCUGUGCUCUCUCCUGUGCUCUCUCCUGUGCUCUCUCCUGUGCUCUCUCCUGUGCUCUCUCCUGUGCUCUCUCCUGUGCUCUCUCCUGUGCUCUCUCCUGUGCUCUCUCCUGUGCUCUCUCCUGUGCUCUCUCCUGUGCUCUCUCCUGUGCUCUCUCCUGUGCUCUCUCCUGUGCUCUCUCCUGUACUCUCUCCUCAUGCUACCAUCAGGAGCAUACGAUGCACCGCGGGUUUCGCCAUCUUCGCUCACAGCAGGACCUCCUCAUUCGCAAGACUGAGACCCCCUUCUCCCUUGCCCUCUCUGCUGUACUCCGCCUUUUUCCAUACCCCCCCCGCUCCUCAUGGCAUCCGCCCCCCUCUUCUCCUUCUCUGCUCGGGACCUCCUCUCAUUCACGAGAACGAGACGUGGGCCACCCUUUACUUCUCCCUUACCAUCUCUGCCCCACUCCUCAAGGCUUUGGAGGAGAUGGAGCGGUUUCGUGUGGAGGUGGCGAUGCAGAGAAGCUUGGCUGACCAGUGUGUGCAGAGGGAACUUGCGCUCUCCCAGGAAAACGCUCAGCUCAAGCAACACCUGCUGGACGUUCAGCAGCACCUGAAAAUAGUGGAGGCCGAUCGACAGGUGCUAUUGAGGCUGCAAAACCUGAAGCAGCGCAUGUAG